GGGGUGGGGAGGGCGAAGUCUCGGAUUCCCGGGCAGGAUCUGGGGUCUGGCAGCUGCCUGGGUUUGGAGAGGCUUCCAGGGGAAGCGCGGAGUCGGGCCGCCGCGGGUUGGGGCUUGAGUAGACCAGGAAGGGCCGAGUUGUGUUGGGUGUAGCAGCCCUUGGAGGCUCCAGACUGCCAAAGGGCAGAGUUUGACUUUUGGUGUCGGCAAGCCUUGGGAAGCAAUCCCGUGCCACGGUUGGGAUUUGGGUACAUGGUAACAGGGCGGGGAUGAGGGGUAGGGCGUGUGUGUGUGUGUGUGUGUGUGUGUGUGGCAUAGAGGCCCUUUUUCUUUCCCCUUGGAGAAACUUUAGCAACAGAAUAGAUAAGCAUUGGGGUAAACUUUGGGAUGAAGUAGAUGGAAGAAGAGGUAAGCUUUGGGGUGAAGUUUGGUGGGGGUUGAAUUUAGGGAAGAGGUUACUUAAAAGGUCGAGGCCCUUACCUUGGCAUAUGGUUUGGGUGAUUUGGGGAGCUGGUUAAAGACCAAGAACUCGGUUACAAGUUAAGACUUGAGAUGUGGUGAUGGGAAAGGGCACAUGAGGCAAGUUUGGGGUGACUGGGAGUUAGGGCAGUCUGUGCUCCCGCGUAGGGCUUGGGUAAGGGGGCAGAGGAAUGAGGGCUUUGGGAGAGUUGUGGCGGGAUGGGGUCAGGAGCCUGUUGAAGAUGAGAGGGCUUUUGGCCAGUGAGCCACCCCCUCAUGGGUUCUUUGUGCCUCUCCAGCUCGGUAGCGCAGCAGGCAAGGCAGGUGCCAUGGCCCUGAUUGAAGGGGUGGGUGAUGAGGUGACCAUCCUUUUCGCGGUGCUUGCCUGCCUUCUGGUGCUGGCUCUCGCCUGGGUCUCAACACACACCGCCGAGGGCACCAACUCACUGCCCCAGACGUCAGGGACCCCAACACCAGCACAGCCCAGUGAAGCUAUGGCAGUCACCGACAGCAUCAGAGGGGAGGCCCCAGGAACCGAGACCCCCAGCUUGAGACACAGAGGUCAGGCUGCACAGCCAGAGCCUGGCACACAGCUCCCAGCAACGCCGCCACCCCCGGACUCCCCCCAGGAGCCCCUAGUUCUACGGCUGAAAUUCCUCAACGAUUCAGAGCAGGUGGCCAGAGUCUGGCCUCACGACACCAUUGGCUCCCUGAAAAGGACCCAGUUUCCGGGCCGGGAGCAGCAGGUGCGACUCAUCUACCAAGGGCAACUGCUAGGAGACGAUACCCAGACUCUGGGCAGCCUUCACCUCCCUCCCAACUGCGUUCUCCAUUGCCACGUGUCCACGCGGGUCGGUCCCCCACACCCUCCCUGCCCACCGGGGUCAGAGCCAGGCCCCUCCGGGCUGGAAAUAGGCAGCCUGCUGCUGCCCCUGCUGCUUCUGCUUCUGCUGCUGCUCUGGUACUGCCAGAUCCAGUACCGGCCCUUCUUUCCCCUGACCGCCACUCUGGGUCUGGCCGGCUUCACCCUGCUCCUCAGUCUCCUGGCCUUUGCCAUGUACCGUCCGUAGUGCCUCCACGGGCUCUUGGCAGUGUCACUGGCCGCUCUGGACCUUGCUCCCCACGACACGGUGGGAGCUGCUGUCUGCCCAGGCCCGCCUCUCCGGCCUGCCUCUUCCCACUACCUUGGAGCCCAGCCGUGCGCCGCAGAGCCCUCCGGGGUUCGGCAGAGGCCCCUCCCUGUGACGUCCAUGGCUCUGGGCCACCUCCCGGGCCUGCUGGCCCUCAGCCGCCACUGACAGUUGGCUCCUCUGGGUCAGGCAGCUGCUGUCGCUGCCUUGGUCCUGGGCAGAGCCGGGCCACGCCCCUGGGCCCGUCUUAGUGUUCUGCCUGAGCACCCAGCCACCUCUAGUCCCUAAUAGCUCUUUGGGCUGGUUUAGGGACCCAAGGACCCUGGGGGACUGGUGAAGGGGAGCUGGGCGGGACAGAGGGGUUCUUUGGAACAGGCCCAGAUUAAAUAACUGUGAAGUUUUCA